AUGGAUUCGCAGGACCCAGUGCACAGGAGGAUCUACGCCUUGCAGGACUCCCCCAGAUACCCGGAUGGGAGUGAAAGACCAAUUGCUUUCGCGUCGAAAACCUUGUCCAAGGCUGAGCGGAAUUAUGGUCAAGUUGAGAAGGAAGGACUCGCAAUCAUCUUUGGUGUUAAAAGAUUUGUGCAGUUUCUUUAUGGUCGCAGGUUCAUCCUAGUUACAGAUCAUGAACCGUUGUUGUCAAUCUUUGGAGAGAAGACAGGACUGCCCCUUUUAAUCGCGUCUCGAUUACACCGGUGGAGUCUGUAUCUCAGUUCGUUCCAGUAUGAUGUCGAGUAUCGGAACACCAAGAAACAUGGAAAUGCUGACGCGUUGUCACGUUUGCCAUUGUCCGCCGCGCCAUCAAUUGACCAAGACAGUGAAGCCAUUGUCAAAAGAGUGGUGGAGGACAACCCAGUAAUGUCAAAGAAUAUCAGAUUCAGGACUGCAAAAGAUGAAGAAUUGUCUCUUGUCAUACGCUACAUACGCCAAGGUUGGCCCAGCAAGCAGUCACAAUUACCGCAGAAAAUCCAGUCUUAUUUUCCGCAUCGUAACGAGUUCACAGUGGAGGAAGGUAUCAUUUUGUGGGGACUCCGCGUCGUCGUACCGUCAGCCCUGAAGUCACAACUUCUUCGUCAACUCCACGAGUCGCAUCCAGGAAUAGUGCGAAUGAAAGCAAUUGCGCGUCAAGUUAUGUGGUGGCCAGGAAUCGAUGUGGACAUUGAAAAGCAAGUCAAAUCAUGCACAGAGUGUGCUGUCCACAGGGACAACCCGUCCGUAGCCACCCUCCAUCCAUGGUCAUUCCCGGAAAAGCCCUGGCAACGCAUCCAUGUGGAUCUCGCAGGACCUUUUCUCAGUAAUAUGUGGCUCAUCAUGGUCGAUGCCCACAGUAAAUGGCCAGAAGUCGUUAAAUUGGGAAACAAUUCCACUUCUAGCAAUGUCAUUGUCAAAAUCAGAGAGAUGUUUUCAAGAUUUGGAAUUCCAGAAACCAUCGUUUCAGAUAAUGGUCCCCAAUUUGUGUCAGAAGAGUUCGAGCGAUUUUGUAAGAAGAAUGGAAUACGUCACACUACAAGUAGCGCGUAUCAUCCUCGUAGUAAUGGAGAAGCAGAGCGAUUUAUUCGUGCCUUUAAGAGUUCCAUGUCUAAAGGGGAAGGAAAUGAUAACUUGUCCUUGUGUAAUUUCUUGUGGAGUUACAGAACUACGCCCCAUGCGACAACUGGAGUAGCGCCUGCAGAAGUCCUCCUCAAGUCCAAGCCUCGAACGUGA